AUGGGACUCUCCAUGUUCACCAACCAGUGCCACCGGAUUCUCCAGGUCCACCAACCAGCACUCCCGGACUCUCUAGGUCCACCAGUCCACCAACCAAUGCCACCGUACUCUCCAUGUUCACCUACCAGCGCCACCGGUCUCUCCAGGUCCACCAACCCGCACCCCCGGACUCUCCAGGUCUACCAACCAACACCACCGAACUCUCCAUGUUCACCAACCAGCAACCCGGACUCUCUAGGUCCACCAACCCACGCCACCGGACUCUCCAUGUUCACCAACCAGCACCACCGGACUCUCCAUGAUCACCAACCAGCGCCACCGGAUUCCCCAGGUCCACCAACCAUCACCCCCGGACUCUCCAGGACCACCAACCAACGCAACCGGACUCUCCAUGUUCACCAACUAGCACCCCCGGACUCUCAAGGUCCACCAACCAAUGCCACCUGA